AUGGAUCGAGAAAACCAACAUGAACCCAUGAUGAUUUUGCAUGAUGGUAAUGAAGAAAACCAAAAUCUAGUAGUAGAUGAUUUUCCUUUGAAAAUAAACACUGUUAAAGAUGUGGUUGUAACAUCCUCUUCUUCUUCUUCAUCUUCAUCCUCUUCUUCUUCUUCUUCUUCUGUUACUGUUAGCAAUGGUGGUAUUGGUGGUGGUCAUAGCAAUGGAGGUUCUACAGCUGUGAAAGACAUGGAUGGAUCUUCUUUGCAGAAAGAGGAAGAAGAAGUUGAAGAGAAAGGAAAAGUUAGUGAUUUUAACAAUGGUGAUGAUGAUGAUAAAGAAGAAGAUUGUGUACCUGUAGCUGAGUUUGUUGGAGAAGAACCAACAAAUGGAGAAGCUGUAACUGAUGCUACUUUUGGUGUUGAUAAUAUAGUGCAGAAUAGUAACAGUGUUUACUUUGACAAACAACAAGGAGUGUGGAAAUGUCGCCAUUGCGCGUGGUCGACAGAGCGAUUCAACAGUCUUAAGGGAUACUACCCUCACCUGCUGCUGAAUGUCAAAAUUUUGAUUGAACAUGGACCUUAUUUUGUUUGGGAAACUAAAGGAGAUGAAGUGAAUGGACUUGAAAGAGAUGAAAACGGCGACGCUACAUAUCACGAGGAGACUAAGUUUUAUGUACAAGUGGAAAAUUCAGCCAUUCAAAGUAGUUUACGCAGCGAACUCAACGAAUUUCCUAAUGGUUCAGAAUCAUCCGCUUUACGUAACUCAUCUGAUAUAAAACCCACACCUGCUGUGAAUUUUCAUGAAGAAACCGAAAAGGAAAGUAACUUUUUAAAUGAAACUGAUCAGCAAGAGAAGGAGUUUGAUGUUGAGCUCGUAAUCGCAAAACAAGAGACGCAUGAUUUGUUUUGUCCUAAUUGCAAAUCUUGCAUUACCAAAAGGGUUAUCCUAAAGAAAAGAAAAAGGAACAUUCAUGUAUUAGACAGCAAAGGAAAACGCGAUAGGUUAGAACCGAUAAUUGAAAAUAAUGUGGUUAAUAGUAGUACUGCACGCGAAUUCAACCAAGGCGAUCAUGCAAAUGUAAUAUCUGAAAUUACAAACCUGGAUCCACUUCCUGCUUCUGCUACUGAUGACGAUCAUGAUCGUGAUGAUGAUGAUCGUCCGGAGAAAGAUGUCGAAGGAUUCAGAUGUUUGUCAUGCUUCAGCAUCUUUAUUCCUAGUGGAAAAGGUUUCAAUCUGUUCCGUAAUUUUGGUGGUUCCAGCAAGCAUGAAACUUUGCAAAACCCUGCAAGCAGUUUGCAAAAUUCAUCAAAUAUACAAGUCUCCAAUCCAAAUUGGUUCAUCUCGUUAUUUACUUAUAAGAGGAAAACAUCUACUGAACAAGGCGAAACUUCCCACGAGCCUUCUAGAACCGGUCCUGUUGAGCAGAAUCAGUCGACAGUUACUUCAACUAUACUAUCGUCCUCGGAUACUGGUCGUCCAGAAGGUCCCCUUGCUGUUGCAGAUCCGAUUAAGAAUGAAAAACCGAUGCCAGAUGUUAAUCAUGGAAAUGGAUGGAAGAGUAUUGAGCAGGAUUUCAUAGAUUUUUCAGAAAAAGAACAAUCGCUGAUCAGAAAACCGAGGACCGAUAAAGGAGAGAGAAAUCAGACUUCAGUGGAUACGACAAAAACAAAUACUGUCGAAGUAACGUCCUCAAUGAACUAUUCUAAUGGGACAGUAUCCGAGUACAAGAGUGUUAACUCGGUAACUACAACUUCUAGUGAAACAUUUGUUAGUUCUAGAGAAACUACAAAAGGCACUAUUCUGAAUCAAUAUCAAGAGACACCGAAAUUUGUCGUUCCUACAAGUGUAACUGUAGGGUCUUUAGUUAUUGAGAAUUCACCAAAAGAUGUUAACAAAACACCUGAAAUUGUUAAGAAUACUGAUUCCUCUUUGUGGCACGGCGGAGCGCAACCACCAGUUCAAUCAUUUGACAGCACAGGAUCCGCAAUAGAUGCUUUAUUUCAAUCGAAAACGGAUAUUUCAUUGGUUAAUAAAGUGCGGCAGGAUUUCAAUAAUUUUAUGCAAGAAAAUAAAGGUGAUGUGAUUGUUGAUGUCGACGGAGAAGCAAAUGAGACCACAACAUUGCAGACAGAAGAUAAUGUUCCAGUUGAUGGUGCUUUUGUGACAGAACCUCAAACUCAAGUAGGUACUGAUAACCAACCUCGAAAUGAAAUUGUUGAACCAAAAAAGUGGGAAAUAGUGAAAAGCAUUGUGUAUGGUGGUUUAGUUGAGUCAAUCACAAGUCUUGGAAUCGUGUCAUCUGCAGUUAGUUCUGGUGCUGCCCCGUUGAAUAUUAUUGUACUCGGAUUCGCAAAUCUGAUCGGCGGUCUUUUCAUCCUUGCUCACAAUCUUAAAGACCUGAAAGACAGCCACGCUAGAGGGCAACAACUGCAAUCAAAUGCACGAGAUAGGUAUCAAGAACUACUAGGACAAAGAUCAAACUUUGUGUUCCACGCUGUUAUAGCAGUUUUCUCGUUCCUGUUAUUUGGGUCUGUCCCCCUCAUUAUCUACGGCGUCUUGAUUAAUAAGAAUUACUACGACGAAGUUAAGCUUGCAAUAGUGGCAGCAAGUUCUGUUGCAUGCAUCAUUCUGCUUACUAUUGGGAAAGUUUACACUCAAAGACCACCUAAAUCAUACUUCAAAACUGUGUUAUACUUUGUCUCAAUGGCACUUGCAGCCUCAGGGUUAUCUUACAUAGCAGGAGAACUUAUCAAGGAUCUUAUAGAUAAGUUCAGCAAAUCAGAGUCAGGUUUUGCAAUUGCCAUGCCUAUAUCAGACACAAAAACAGCAUGGAUGUCUUAA